ACGAGCCCCAAUUGAAUGACGCUUUUGCCCUUCUCUUAUUCUUCUAAUUACGGGUUGCCAUGCUUCCAGACGUCUCCAUGUGAGGCAACCGACCUCCUCAUUUUUUUUCCAGAAGUCUCUAUCUUGAGGCAAUAUAGAGAACUGGGUCUGCUUCCACCGACCUCUGCAACCGACUCCAACCUUCGUCUCAUCGACUAUAUCUCUUUCUCUUCUACUCUAGGGAUUUUGAAUGUCGUUGACUUUCUUGCUUAUGUGAUUGAAUGCAUUGUCAUACUUUUCAAUUAUUAUUUGAUUUCAGGCAGAAUAAACUUGACCAAGAGUGCCACAAGAUCGAACGCCAAAUUUGAGGUGUCCUUAAACCGACGGCAGUUGCUGCACUGUUUCAGAUCUGCAAUCAACAUCAGCUUUUACAAAAAUCGGUGGGUUAAAAAUGAUCAUAAAAACUUAAGGAGAUCAAUCAGGGAAAUUUUGACAGUAAAUACAGUAUACUGUGGCCCACUGGUCAAGUCUCUAUCAGCAAACAUAACAACUGCAAUUCGACCCACCUGCUCUCCUGCAAAAGAUGGUAAUGAACAAGGUAGUGCUUGGAUUUUUGUCCUAUCCCAAAAUCACUCAUCAAGGACACCAGCUCAAGAGGAAGAAGGUCAACAGAACAAGAAACGGUUAUUGGUGAUUGCUCUGAUCACAAUUCCUAUGAUUAUGAUCCUACUGAGAACAAUGAUGUAUUUUCUAAAAAGGAGAGUAGUCAAGUCAAUUGGGAUUAUAGACAACAUUAAAAGAUCAGUUUAUAGGCUAUUAAAUGUAAUUCCAGCUACAGUCAGUUUUAACAUCAAUGCUCCUAAUCUGUCUACAAGUUGGAGAGGGUGGUUUAUAUAUGUCUACAAGGAAGGAUGAGACCUGGGUGAGCCAGACAGAAUUGUCAGGAAACUGUUGCAGCGUAGGGUCUGUGUGAAAUUGAUUAAUCUGGGUCUUGAGGUGGCCUUCAUCUCUGUUCAACUGAAGCCCCUCAGUUCGAUUCAGAGUUUUCAUGCAGAUCGAGAAGAAAGACAUCCAAGAUUUCAGAACCAACCCAUCUUUUUGAACGAAGUUUACGAAAGAGUAAGAAUAAUAAAUGACCAUGAAGAUUCUUUGACAUGAAGCAUGGACUAUUAUACCUGCAUUCAUUUAUAUGCAUCAUAUCUCGAAGAACGCCUGGACUGUUUUUGUGUCCUGAAGUACGAUGUUCAGAAAGAUCACUUGGUUGCAGGUAAAAUUGCCCAGUUGUAUGCUGCAAUUACAGAUGGUAUUGUCAAUUUAGUUAACAACGCAGGCCUUGGAUUUCAUUAUUGCAUCCUUCAUAACAUGAUCCCAUUUAGGGGGAGUAUUGAUACUUGGAUUAUCUUCCUCUGAUUGUUUCUUCUUGGGUUGGUGUCUCUUGAGCAACUUCUACAGGUAAUCAUUCUUCUACAUAGCUUCCGCUACAUAGUUGCCUUUGUCAUUCCUAUCCCAAAAAGGGGGAAAACAAUUUGUUAUGUUUUUCUGUUAAGGAUUAUUCUGCUCGAUUUCAUUUUAUUUUACACUAAGUGUGUGAUAAUGUUUCAGGAACUAAGGAUCCUCAAAGUACUUGUUGAGGGGGAGUCGAAAAAUAAACGUAAGAGUUUUGGUUGAGGAAUGCCAAAGGGGGAGAUUGUAAGUAUGAAAUAUGUUGGGCAUUCCAUCAACCUCAUAAGUCAAAACUCUUCCCCAUGUGAUAAUGGCAUCAUAUGAUUAAUUGAUGAGAAGUUGUCGACAAUACCAAGCAUGGCAAGCAUGCUAUCUUUAAAAUAUGGUUUCUUUUGUCUAAAGCAUGCUUGGAAAGAAAACUCAUGUGCUCUCUUCCCUACAUUCUCACGGUCAAAAAGGAAAAUGAACAUGAUGUGUUAAAAUGUUAAAGUAUGGCUUUGCUUUUUAAGCAUGAAAGAUUGUUUAAUUACUUUGUGGUGAGCAGGUUAUCAAAAGACCAAAAGCAGAAGAAUAUUGCAGCAUGCACAUCGAAGUCUAAACAUGCUUGCUGUCAAAAGAUCAAAAGCUGAAGAAUAUUGCCGUGCACCUCAUCUCCUUUACAUGACCACCCAUUCUGUCGAAAAACAAAAAAAAAGGAGUUGCAUCUGGUUUCAUGUUUUUCCAUUUUGUCCUUCAUGGAGAACGAGCUGUCAAAACGAAAAAGCAAGAACACGAUAGCUUGGUGUUCCGUCUUCUUCUCAUCAAAAUCUUGCUGUCAAAUAAGAAAGGUGAAAGCAACUAUAUCUCCAUCUUGCUGCCCACUCGAUGCAAUCAUGAAGACCUUGUUGUCCAAGAUGGAAGUGGGAAGCAAGUGCCUAUUCACCUCGUGAUCUUCUGGUCUUGCUGCCCACUCGAUGCAAUCAUGAAGACCUUGCUGGCCAAGAUGGAGAUAUAGUUGCUUUCACCUUUCUUAUUUGACAGCAAGAUUUUGAUGAGAAGAAGACGGAACACCAAGCUGUCGUGUUCUUGCUUUUUCGUUUUGACAGCUCGUUCUCCAUGAAGGACAAAAUGGAAAAACAUGAAACCAGAUGCAACUCCUUUUCUUUUGUUUUUCGACAGAAGGGGUGGUCAUGUAAAGGAGAUGAGGUGCACGGCAAUAUUCUUCAGCUUUUGAUCUUUUGACAGCAAGCAUGUUAGACUUCGAUGUGCAUGCUGCAAUAUUCUUCUGCUUUUGGUCUUUUGAUAACCUACUCACCACAAAGUAAUUAAACAAUCUUUCAUGCUUAAAAAGCAAAGCCAUACUUUAACAUUUUAACACAUCAUGUUCAUUUUCCUUUUUGACAGUGAGAAUGUGGGAAAGAGAGCACAUGAGUUUUCUUUCCAAGCAUGCUUUAGACAAAAGAAACCAUAUUUUAAAGAUAGCAUGCUUGCCAUGCUUGGUAUAGUCGACAACUUCUCAUCAAUUAAUCAUAUGAUGCCAUUAUCACAUGGGGAAGAGUUUUGACUGUUGCGGUUGAUGGAAUGCCCAACACAUUUCAUACAUACAAUCUCCCCCUUUGGCAUUCCUCAACCAAAACUCUUACGUUUAUUUUUCGACUCCCCUUCAACAAGUACUUUGAGGAUCCUUAGUUCCUGAAACAUUUAUCACACACUUAGUGUAAAAUAAAAUGAAAUCGAACAGAAUAAUCCUUAACAGAAAAACAUAACAAAUUGUUUCUUCCCCUUUUUGGGAUAGGAAUGACAAAGGCAACUAUGUAGCGGAAGGAUUACCUGUAGAAUUGUGUGAUAGAAUGUUAUUGUAAACUGCAAUAAUGUAAACCUAACAAUUUUAGACAGAUGAAAUUUUUGCUCAUUUUAUCAUUCUGUCAUUAUUGUAAAUUAUUAGCAACAGCAAACCCCGCAGCAAAGUGCGGGCACUAUUGCUAGUCUAUACUAAAGCUCUAGCAUCCUAUGAAUAGUACUGCCCCUAUUGAUUUACCUUUUUACCCUUAA